UAUUCCAUAAGUCAUAAAUCCUGAUUGUCCAAUGGGAUUGAGAGGGAAGUGAUUGCUGUGAUAUUAAGACAAAAUGGAACUUUACCGGAGGACGAGGACGGCCCCAAACACAACUCCGAGGUUUCUUCACUGAGGCAACACUCCGUUUGAUCCGCUGGCCUCUGAGACACCUGAGAAGAAAAUUAUAAUUCCUCCUGCAAGACGCUGAAGGGUCGGCCCUGUUCGAAAUGAGGGUGGAGCGCGGCGAGCAGGCCGCCGUCGACACCUCCUGCACCACGGUGCACACAAUGGGCCCGAAAAGCGAGGGCCGCCGGCUGCGUUACAUGCAGCAGGAUGGAAAGUUCCCCGUGGUUUUCCAGAAGGCCCCCGGGGAUUGGAGCCCGUACCUGAUGGACAUCUUCACUACCCUAGUGGAAAUCCGCUGGAGGGUGAUGUUCCUCAUCUUUUUCCUCUCCUACAUCCUCUCUUGGCUAUUUUUCGGUCUCUGUUAUUGGCUCAUCGCGUUCGUGCACGGCGACGUCGGCGAUGUGGACAGCGCGCCGUGCGUGGAAAACGUGCGCGGCUUUACCGGAGCCUUCUUGUUCUCCAUGGAGACCCAGGCGACCAUCGGCUUUGGCUUCAGGGGGAUGACCGAGAACUGCGUCGGAGCCAUUGUCGUGGUGACGUGCCAUGAUCUGUUCAGCUGCCUCCUCGACACCGUCGCCAUCGGCGUCAUGGUCACCAAAAUGGCAUGCGCGCGUAAAAGGGCUCAGACGGUGGGCUUCAGCCGCUGUGCCGUGGUCAACCUGCGGGACGGCAGCCUUUGUCUGUCGUGGCGACUCGGAGACUUCCGGGGAAACCACAUCCUGGAAGGUGUCGCCAAGGCCAUGUUGGUCCGCCCCGUGAAGGGGCCACAGGGGUCCUUCGCGAUGUCGUACCAGGAGCUGCGCAUCCAGGACAAAGACAUCGUGCUGGCCACGCCCGCCACCGUCGUCCACAAGCUGGAGCCCGGCAGUCCCCUCUACAGCCUGGGCCCCGCCGGCACGCCGGGGGACGACUUUGAGCUGGUGGUGUCGUUCACCUACACCGGCGACUCCACGGGCAUGCUCCACCAGACGCGCACCUCGUACACACCAGCAGACAUCCGCUGGGGCCAGCGCUUCCAGGAGAUGUUGAAAGUGACCCGAGGGCACUACAUGGUGGACUACGCUUUGUUCAAUGCGACCGCGUGGGUGCCGGUGCCCCGGCUCAGCGCGGAGGAGUUUCACCGUAGAGGACGUCCCGCAGAGGACAGGCGGCCCCACCGUCGGCUCUUUGCAGCAGGCGAGAGGAUGACGAUCACCGAGCAAGUGGGGCAGCAAACCUUUUUGUAG